AGCAGCAGCCACAACCGCACGCAAAGGCUGUAAUGAGUUUGAGUUCUGCCGUACAACAGUGUUAAUUUGACGCUCUCUCGUUUUCGAACAAAAAACAAAAUUCGCACACAUACAAGACGCCUUGCCGUUCUCUCCAUAGAAGUAUUUGCAGCUGAGUCUGCAGCUGGCCAGAUUGUGUGUUCCCUCCCUGCUCGAGUGUUUUUCCAGCUCCUUUGCUGCGUCAAAAGUUCGCCUCUGCGUAUCGCCUCUUUUUUUUUUCUCCUCGUACCAUGUCGUACGCGCAAAGACACCGCACUAGGGUGGAGCUUCACCAGUCCAGCCUCGGCCCCUGCUUCGCGCCGCUGGAAAACACGCCCACCCGCAAUGCACCAUCCCCGGGCGGCGACCAGGUGCCGGAAGGCGGUCCGCGACCGCGGAGUAACUCGGCUCUUCGCGCACACGCGGCCCGCAUUCAUCAAGUCCAUGCAACCGGCAUCGACAUCGCGACUUGGAGCGACGCCGCAUCAAAUGCGGUGGCGGGCGAGCGUCAACCUUUCCAACUCCUCCAACGCACCCCACCAAAGAAUGAGCCGCCGCGACUCAAGGCGAGCCGCAAACAGUUCGCCUCUCCUCACGUGUCUGUUGCGCCGCCCGACUCGAGUCAGUCGGUGCCGGUGGCGCUGCCGAUUGUGUUGAACGGCGACAGCCUUGAGGCGCCGAGCAAGCACGAGGAGGAAAAAGAGGCGCCUGCGACGGAUCUGCGCAUCGGAGGUCAGACCUCGGCGGCCCCUGCGGCAGCAGCGGCACCGGCGGACACAGAUAAAAGCGCCCCUUCACAAGCCCACCCUGGUCAGCACAGUGAAGUCCUCCCAGCAGGCGAGAUGUCUCCCUCUCCUAUACCUGUCUUGCAGCAGCUUUUCCAGCCUCAGCCUGCAGACUCAUCUGUGCCGUCCUCCGCGCGCGCGUCGACGUCGCAGUGGCCCGCCUCGGAGACCUUCACGGCACGUCUGCGGAACAUCAUGGAGACCCGCCAGCAAAUUGAGGCGCUGGUGCAAAAGCAGCGCGCAGACGAGGAGGAGAUGGUACGCGCGAUCGGAACGCUGGAUGAGCAGUCGCCGCAGCGCCAAUCCCAGCAGCAGUCGCCGAACUCGGCGGCAGCAGCAGCGGGGGGCUCAGUGAGUCCUCAAGCCUAUGAGCAAGUGUUAAUGGAGCGCGCCGCCGCCUUUGCGGCGCUGCGUGAAUUCAAAGAGAAGGGCAACGCGAUUGUGCACCACCUCUAUGACACGGUGAGGUCCCAGCAGGAACAGUCCUUGGAACUUGUCGCCACCGUGGAGGCCCUCAAGAAGGCCAACAAGCGUCUCAAAGAGGCUGUAAGCAACGGUGGUGGAACUGGUGCCCGCACAGGCGACAGCACACCCACCGCUGUCCCCGGCACAGCAGCGGAACUGCAGCAGAAGGUCCUAAUGCAGCGACGCGUGAUUGAGCAGAUGGAUCAGCUCAUGCAGAACGCAGACCGCAUGCUUCUCGCGAUGCGUGCCCGCGUGGAAGCAGCAGAGCGUCGAGCUGCUGCCUCAACCGCACCGUUGGACCGUCGUCAGCUGCCGCCUCUGUCUAAGGGAGGGGGCAGUAGCAGUGGCACACGCACCACCACCGCUGGCGAUGGCGGGCCUGCCAUGGUCAUCAACGCCGCUACGGUAGCGACGCCAGACGCGGUGGCCGCCAUUGAGCGACUGUCAGAGCGGUACCCGGUAGAUCAAGAUGUUGCCACCGUGGCGGCUCAACAGCGGCUUCUGCUCGAGCGCAUUACCCAACUGCGGCAGUCGUUGAAGGAGGAGGAGGCACAGCGCCUUCACCUGGAGGAAGUCUACGGAGCAACGUCCGAGGAAACCGCACGCAACGUGGCCCUCUUGGAGGAGCGUCUGCAACGCGCCGAGAACCCGCGCGUCGUGCAACUGGAUAGCGCCAGCAACGCCUCUGCGCUGCGACGUGAGUUGCACACGUUACUUGAGGAGAAGGGGAAAAGCACGGGUGAGGCAGCGCCGGUGGAACCGGAAGACGCCGGUGGACAACGCUCUCUAACACACUCCCAUGCGUCGUCGCAUGCGUCCUCGCGCUCGUCGACGCCCACGCACGCUCUCUUCACCGCCGUGAGCGUCGGCGAUGUGAACUCCACCACAGCCGCCAACGAACUUACUGGCGGAGAUGUAGAGAAGAAGAAGUUGGCGCCCAGCGCGGUGGCUGCUCCUGUCGUGCCGGAUCCCGCCAACGAAGCAGCAACGGCAGUAACAGCAAUGGUCGCAGCGACAGAAAUGAAAAGCCCCGUCACCCCCAACAAAGACGAAUCGUCCUCGCCACACAAGGAAGAGGGCAAGCAGGCCCGCACCUUUCUCGGACGACGUGAGAUUGCGGGAAGUGACAAGAACGAGGAAGGGGCAGCGGCGGAGGUAAAGCCCCCGUUGGGCAUCCCGGUUCCGGAUGCGUCCAGCCUCGGCAACUCACUGCAUCGCUCCGCCAACUCCCGCUCGUCCAGCGCCAGCCGCCGCCUCGUUGGCUUUCGUCGCGCCGCUGCCGCGGAUGUGCUGAGUCGGGGGCUGGAAAGCAUGAGUGACGUCGAGGGGGAGGAGGAAACCGUCGACGUGGACGUGGAGCCCUCUGAGAUGCAAGGGAGCAACGGCAACGGCAUUGCAGGUGUCACGCCCACCGCCAUUCACUCAGCCUCGUCGCCACUGCCAGACGCGUCCACUUCGGUGGAGCUGUCUGUAAAGCGGCAGCAGCGUCUGCAUCAGCAGAUGGAGGAGCUGACCAAAAUGGAGGCGGAUGUGACGAACGUGGUGCGGUCCCUCAACGUUGAGUAA